AUGUUGAAUGGUAGAGAAAAGAAUGGACAGCUCAAUAUUAAUUGGAAAGAGUAUGCAUUAGGUGCAGACAAGUUCAAGAGAAAGACUGUUGGAUUUGGAAAGUAUGAUAAGCGUGAGAAAGAGUAUGAAAAAGAGCUCUUUAUCAGAGAGAUGUCUAUCAUUCAGGGUGGUAUAGGCUGUGCUAUCUGGGAUGCUGCUAUCAUCAUGUCACGUUGGAUCUUCAAGCAUCAGGAUGCAUUCAGCGGUCAAAAGUGUCUAGAAUUGGGAAGUGGUGUCGGAUUGACUGGUAUCUUGGCAGCACACUUUUGUCAAUCGAUUACACUGACAGAUUAUCUUCCACCUUUAUUAGAGAAUCUUAAAUACAAUGUAGAUUUAAACAGUAGAAAAGAUACUGUUGAUAUGGAUGAUGACGAAGAGAUCAGAGUCAACAACAGAAUGAUAGAGUUAAAGGAAAAAGUUGAUGUGAAAUAUUUGAAUUGGGAUGAAAUCGAUAGUAUAACAGUGAGUGAAGACGAAAAAUAUGAUAUAAUAUUCGGUAGUGAAUUGACCUAUAGUUUAUUAAGUGUUGAUAAUCUGAUAAAAGUGAUUCAAAAAUAUCUAAAGAAUGACGGUAUUUUUUAUGAGAUUCUAUCUGACGACAGAGAUGGAGUAUCUUAUUUCCUUGAGCAAAUGCAAGAAAAAAAGUUUAUUUCAAAGAUUGUACCUGUUGACCAGCAAUACUUGGGUUCUUAUGGUACCAAACAGAGAGAGGAAACCUAUAAAUUCUAUUCAUUUAAACUUGACAAUGGUCAGCCAAACAAUCAUAUCGAUAUGAUUUAA